UAUGUUACAGAUAUAGAAGAUAGAACCUUAGUACACUUGGCAUUAUUAAAUAAUCUAAAGGUGGUUAUACAAGCAACAGAUGCUGUAAACCAUUAUUAUUUUUACACCCUAAAUAACCCCUCCUAUUGUAGUGAUGAAUUCUGGAAAAAUUUUAUAGAACAUUUUGGUGUAUACACACGAAAUAAUCUCCUCCUAUUUACUAGUUCAAAUACUGCAAGCUUUUAUAAUACCGCAUACCAAGAAUGCGUUAAUACUUUACUUCGCAAUCUUGGCUCAUUAUCAACCUCUGUCAAUGAAUUU